GUUAUGAAUAUUUUUGUUUUCUUCUCCAUUAAGCACACAGCAAAAGCAGCAACCACCAUGCCUCUCUCCUGCUUCAUUAAAUCGGCUCCUGACUGUAUACGUGUGCACACGUUUAACCCCAAACACGCAAGAGCGCGCCACCAUUGUCCGCGCGCACAGUCGUUCCAUAAUAAUGUGGACAUCCCUGUCUCUCCUCCUCCAUCCCGAGUCUUAUGAAGUCACUGGCCAACAGCCGCUCAGUGGGACUGAAGCUCGGAAGGGGGGAGAGAGCUUCACACUGUUUAGGAUCUCUGGAGCGACCGAGGCGCCUUGCGCAGUCCGCUUAGGGUGACCAGCUGCAGCAGCCUCUCUUCAGCCUCCUCUCUCUGGAGACCGUAUGGAAGUGCCCGGCAGCCGGAAAACAUGCACCUAACCUCCUAUACGAUCCAACAUCCCGGUUUUUUAUCUAUGAGGAGGUGAACCUUGCGUCGGGAGGGAUCAUUUUUCGGUCUGCCUGUUUGUCUCCCUUUUUCUCUCUCUUUCAGUUCACCGCUCGAUUUUUUUAUUUAUUUAUUUAUUCGUUUUUUUUAAUGUCUUCAUAAACGAGGAGCUUUUGUUUCUCAAAAUCUACCUGCUUGCCCAGCACCCAUGAAUUCGGAUAAAAAUGCGUACCUCGGCAAAGACAAGGGCAUCAUGCGGAAGAGAGCUCUGCUCCUUCGGAAGGGUUGCAGCUUCGAGAUAACCAGCUCCGCCUCAGAGGACCUGGGCUGCAGGCGUGGAGACUUCAGCAGGAAACACUAUGGUUCGGUCGAGUUGCUGAUUUCCAGUGAUGCAGAUGGGGCCAUUCACAGGGCGGGACGCUUCAGGGUGGAGAACGGCUCAUUAGAUGAGCAGGCUUCAGACUACACUCCAGGAACAUGGAGGAGAACGGACGUCCAUCUGGAAAAUCCAGAGUACCACACCAGAUGGUACUUUAAGUACUUCUUGGGAAAAGUCCACCAGAACUACGUGGGUACAGAUGCCGAGAAAAACCCUUUCUACCUGUCGGUCGUCCUCUCGGACCAGAACAACCAGCGAGUCCCUCAGUACCGAGCCAUUCUCUGGAGAAAAACGGGAACUUUGAAGAUCAGCCUCCCGUACAGUCCGACUAAAACACUAUCAGUCAAGUCCAUCUUAAGUGCAAUGAACAUGGACAGGUUUGAGAAAGGCCCCAGGGAGAUCCUCAAUCCAGAGAUUCAGAAGGACCUGCUGGUGUUGGAGGAACAGGAGGGUUCAGUCAAUUUUAAAUUUGGUGUGCUGUUUGCCAGAGACGGACAGCUCACAGAUGACGAGAUGUUUAGCAAUGAGACGGGGAGCGAGAACUUCGACAAGUUCCUCAAUUUGCUGGGUGACACGGUCUCACUGCAGGGCUGGGCAGGCUAUCGAGGAGGGCUCGACACCAAGAAUGACACUACAGGACUUCAGUCCAUCUACACGGUGUAUCAAGGCCAUGAGCUCAUGUUCCACGUCUCCACCAUGUUGCCCUACUCUAAGGAGAACAAGCAGCAGGUGGAGAGGAAGAGGCACAUUGGAAACGACAUCGUUACCAUCGUAUUUCAGGAAGGGGACGACGCGCCGUCGUCCUUCAAACCAUCUAUGAUCCGAUCACACUUCACCCAUAUUUUUGCUUUAGUCAGGUAUAACAGCCAGAAUGACAGUUACAGGUUGAAGAUUUUCUCGGAGGAGAGCGUUCCACUGUUUGGACCCCCUCUCCCAUCUCCGCCUGUAUUUACUGACCACCACGAAUUCAGGGACUUUUUAUUAGUCAAAUUAAUCAAUGGAGAGAAAGCCACACUGGAGACGCCAACGUUUGCCCAGAAACGUCAGCGGACCCUUGACAUGCUGAUCCGCUCGCUCUACCAAGACCUCAUGCCUGACCUGCACAAGGUUCCCUUUUCUCCCCAGAACAUGUUAAACCGGAGGUCUUUCAGCGACGUGCUGCCUGAGUCUCCGAAGUCGGCGCGCAAGAAGGAGGAGGCCCGGCAGGCCGAGUUUGUCCGAAUAGGGCAGGCUCUGAAGCUGAAGACCAUCGUGAGAGGAGAUGCACCGACAAGCCUUGUUACCACAGGCCUGUGCAGAAAAGAGCCAUGGGAAUCUCAGUCUUUCUGCAGCACGUUUCCCUAUGAGAUCAUAUGUGCCGACUCGUGGGGUCAGUCUCUGCUGGUGGCCACCGACACAGCGGGAGUCUUGAUGCUGGAUGGCCCCGACCCGCUGCUGCCCGGUGCCGAGACGCCGACGCUUCCCCCAGUGCAGGUGUUUGACAAAACCAUGGCAGUGAAGCAGAUGCACAUUCUGGAGCCUCAGGACCUACUGAUUACCAGGGCAGACAAAGGAAAGGACGCUCGGCUGUACGUGUUCAGACUCGGCGGCAUCAAGAGAGGCCUGGAGGAAUGGCAGCUCGUCAGAAGCAAGUGUGACUGCAGGGAGAACAAACUGGAGAAAACUAAAGGUUGUCAUUUGUACUCUAUCAACACCCACCACGGCUCCGAGCUGAGAAUAGUAGCAGCCAUCAGAACCAAACUCCUCCUAAUUACCAGGAAGCAUCCGCGUUUCAGCGCUGUCGCCACGGGAGCAGACUCCCCGGUGGAGGAGUUUCAGUACAUACGGGAAAUCUGUCUGUGUGACCCGCCUGUGGUGAUGGCGCUGGUAGACGGUCCGACCGGGGAGAACGACAACAUGAUAUGCGUGGCCUACAAACACCAGUUCGACCUGAUCAAUGAGAGCACCGGGGAUGCCUAUCGACUUCAUCACGUCGAUGCCAACAGGGUAAACUUUGUAGCAGCCAUUGAUGUGUAUGAAGACGGCGAGGCAGGCCUCCUCUUGUGUUACAACUAUAUUUGUUACUAUAAGAAAGUUUGCCCCUUUAACGGCUCCACACCAAUGAUCCAGUCCAACACUUCUGAUUUCCACUUCAGCUGGAACCAGAUGCCCAACGCUAUCGUUUGCGCUUUUCCUUACAUCCUCGCCUUCACAACUGAUUCCAUUGAGAUCCGACUGGUGGUCAAUGGAAACCUUGUGUACACAGCAGUGGUCCCGGAGCUGCAGCUGGCUGCCUCGAGGUCGGACAUCUAUUUUGUCUCGUCGGCGCCGGUGAGCUCAGCCUCCAACUGCAGUUCCAGAGACACCAGCUCUCAGAGCUCCCCCCAGACGCCCACAGGCUACGAGAUGCCCGUAUUUCCUUCACCGCUCGGAGAUGAUUCAAUACGGAUCCCCUAUGGUACCAAGCUUUCCCUGUACAUGUCUAAGGACGCUGAAGGUGAAGCAACAUUUAAGCAAAUCUUCAAGAUUCCUCUGUGUAACCUUGUGGGCCGCAGCAUCGAAAGGCCCCUGAAGUCCCCUCUGGUCAACAAAGUGAUGACCGCGCCCGCCCCCGCCAUGAUGGCGCCCACGCCGCUUGUCUCUGCCACACACUCGCUGUCCCUGUCCCGCAUGGAGAUCAAAGAGAUUGCCAGCCGCACGCGGAAGGAGCUGCUGGGCCUGACCGAGGAGCCGAGUGGGAAGUCGGACAGCGGAUCAGUCAAACAGAGAAAGAUGAGCAAAAAGACCACUGACGAGGAUCCCAAAGCUAGAGCGCUGACGUCAACAAACAGCGACAGGUUGGCCUCAGACUCGGUGGACGCAGAGCUGGACGUCCAGCUGCACUGCUCGGCCUCCUUGGAGGCCGAUCCGGAGAUGGUGGUGCUGCAGGAGGGCAGUCCACCUCUCGCCAGCGCGUUUGCCCUCUCCACGUCCUUCGAAGACGAUGUCCUGGACCUAAAGUGAAGACAAUCCUGUUGUGCACUUCUCUCCUCGCAUACCUUUGUGCUGUCACUGUCAUUUUUGUUUUUUCUCUUCUUUGUUUUUGCCUUUUAAAUUGGUUUCCUGAAAUAUAUCCCAACUUUCUAAUAUCCUGGGUCUCCCCAUCCAUCAGGGUAUUGGUGGGAGUGAAGAAAACAUGUCUCUGCUCAUGUUUACCGUGCGUCACUGCAUCGGGUGUUUGUGUGGCCCUGCGGCUGAUAACCCCUCGCCCUUCCCCCCCAGAAAAAAGGCUGUGAGGUUUUGGAAGAUGGUUUCAAGUGUUUCAGCAUCUACAGUAGCUUUGAGAGAAGGGCAAACUGAUCGUAGAUCUGCAAACAUCUGUGCAUCUGAACGCAGUUCCCUCCAAAGCCGCCGACUCCGUGUUGUAUAUUAUUUCAAAUCUGCUUGCAAAUGUUGUAUGAUAGCGCUCUGUGUGUACAUCUGUUUAUAUACCGAACUGCAUACAGUGCCAGGCACACCUGUCUGAUCUGUUUAUACAUAUUUAUAGAUAUAUUAUAUAUAUAUAAAAAAAUUAUUUUGCUCCAGCCUUCAGAGAUAUGAUGUUUUUUUUUUUGUUGUUGUUGUUUUUGUUUUUUUUUGCUCUGCACUGAUCCUCACUCACCACUAAACAGGUUGACAGGGCAGGAGGUAAAAAUCUCCCUUAAGUGCCAUUUCCCAGCAUCCAUCACUGAUCCACUCACAACAACCAGGGCGUCGUGGCGUCUGACAGCCAUCACUGUAGUCCACAUCACACGCGUUUGUUUGCUGCUGAAGAAACCCCGACACUAAGGCCAGCAUGGCUGACGUCUGGUGCUGAAGAAAUACACAAACAGAAAUGAGACAUAUCUGCUGUGUGCUGCACAGUUGGUUGAAAUUUGAGUUAAAGUUUAGAAGGAAAUGAAAUAAUACAAGUAGGUUUAAAUUAUAAGACAAGACUUUUUACCAAUUUUAAGUGAAAACCACAUAUAUGUUUCUCUCUGUAACACAUUAUCCUUGUUGGAGAUCCUCAUUGAGACCCUUUUCUGGACUUUUCAUAAAAAGGCCCAAUAUACCCGCUUUCUCUUCUUGUUUUCAUUUGAACUUAUAGAAAUAGUCCACCUAAUUAAAAACAUCCAAUAACCCUGAAUGAGAAACAUUUGCGAAGUACAUUCAUCCUCAAAUUUGUCCCUUCUUCCCAACUCCCACCUCUGCUUCUUGAAUUCCCACCUCCCCAGAGACGGAUUCACAGCACCUUGCAACAGUAUUCCUACCCACUGGACUUUUUAAAAGUUAGAAUCACAAAAUUCAAUUCACCUCGAUCACACAGAUAAAUUAAAAUGCAAAUGCAUUCAAAGUCUGUCCUAGUAAUAAAAAUUACAGCAAAGUUUAGUUUAAUAUCCCAUUUAGUAAAAGGUUUUGUAAUGUAACUCCGCUGAUUGCAUCAAGUCACUGACUCUGCAGCAAUUUCUUCUCCAGAACAAGCAUUUGCUUCGAGAUGAAUCGCAUAUUUUUCUCCAGUGAUUUAGGAAAAUAGUUCAAACUCAGUCAGCAAUUCUUGUCUCGGGUUUUCAGUUGCAUUUAGGUUUUAACUUUGACUAGGCCAUUCUAAGAAAUGAACAUAUCUUGAUCUAAACUGUUGAAGCUUGCUCUAGCUGUAUAUUUAAGGUUGUUUUCCUGCUAGACGGUGAAGCUCCACUCCAGUCUCUCGCUGUUUAGCUUCAUUUAUCUUCUUAUCAACUCCGCUUUCCUGUUCCUGCUAAAGAAAUGCAUUUCAACAGUAAUGAUGCUGCCACCACCAUAUUUUAAUAUGGUAAUGUUGUCUUCAGGGAAAUGCACAGAGAUAAGUUUUCCAGCUCACAUAGCCAUUCCCAUGACCAGAGCACAUUUUCUAUCAUUUUCUUUCUUUUUUUUUUCUUUUUACAGUUAAAUGCUGCCUUGUGAUGGUCUAUCAGUAAAACUCUUUCAAAAUGUUUUGAGGUUUGUGGUUGUAAUGUGACAACUUUAGAUGAUGUAAGAUUUAAGCUGCAUUCAUUUCAUAUUAAAUUCAACUCAACCGGCUCUUUUGACAUGGACCGCUUUCCAGGCUACAUCGUGGCCGCUCUUUGUAUCCAAAUGAUCACCUACAGCAACAUAAGUGCCUGAAAACAUCUGCGAAAAGGCCUCACAGCAGCCAAAGACAGACAUUCUUGAUCAGACUCGCAUUUAAUCCAUCUGGUGAUGUUCACCGAAGAAAGACUCAGUGUCCCUGUUAUCAUAUAGACCUGUUAGAUCAUUAGUAUGGGAUCCUUACAGUCCAAUAUGAAGGAAAUGAGGCAAAACUCAAGAUCAGACAGAUGAUGUGUAUGAACACACAACUUUACGUCUGCGGCAUUGUUGCACACCUUUUGUUGAAAAUACAAUUAAUCUGCUAAUUUGCUUUAUCCCAUCCAUAAACCUUAGUGCUGCGAUAUGCAAACAUCUCAUUGUGACACUUGUCAAGCACCAAUAGUUAGCUCAAAUAAGCUUUCUCCAAUUUCCUUUUCAACCUCACUUUUUUUUUUUUUUGUUCUGUUUUACAACAAAAUAAACAAACUAUAAUUCGGAAGGUUUUAUUGAGAGACAAGAUCUUCUGAGCUUCUGCCUGUAUUUCAUCCGUUUUGCAACUGGCGUGACCAGGUGGAAGCUAUCUUUUCCGUUUACCUCUGCAGUAGGGUAAAACGUUUCCCGUCGGUUUUGCCAUAGCGGAAGACGAGGUUGUAUGCAAACUAAUCGAUCUUAUAAAAUCAGCUUGUGUCUGACUCCUUAAAAUAUACGCAGCUUCGAAGACGUGAGGAGCAGCAGAGUAGGACCAAAAUAGAAAGCAUAGAAGAGAUUCACACUAGGAGUUGUAAGGCAGGUAAGAGAGUGUGUCUACAGAUAUUAUUAUAUAUUUCACAAGAAAACAGCUGUGAGAUGUUGCAUGAACCCUUAUCCUCACUCUAUUUACCCUCAAGCUUUUCCUCUGUUUCUCUGCCUGCCACAGCAUGAAGUCCUCCAAAAUGGUUACCAAACUUAAAAAGAGGGAGGGGAACUGCUACUUUAUUUUUUAUUUUUUUUUAUCUCUGGAUUAAAGGUGAUUAAGGGAAACACUGCUUCACUAACUCGUAUGAGUCCUGUUUCGUCUCACUUUGCUCAAGCUACUCUUCCCCUCGGCUUUUUCACUGUUUUUUUGUUUUUCUUUUUGUAAUAAAAUCUAUAUUUCCUGUUUAGAUUGUCGCUGAACUUCUCUGUGAUAUCAAGAUAUCAAAACGAAAGAAAAUGUACAAAAAAAAAAUUACACCAAGUGUCUUAAAAUAUUGUAUCGCCAUCGUUUUUAAUGCCAAGUAAUACUUGUAAAUGUUUGUGCAUCAAAUGUGGCCUCAAAUGAAACUUAACUAUAUUAUUAUUAUUAUUAUUAUUAUUAUUAUUAUUAUUAUUAUUAUUAUUAUUAUUAUUAUUAUUAUUAUUAUUAUUAUUAUUUAAACAGUUAUUUUUAACAAGUGCUGUAGACCACUGCUGUGAUAGUAGUUGAUUAUGUUCAUUAAUAUGUAAUAAAUAUUUAUGGAAUUUCAAUUGCAUGACUCACUGGACUUGGUUUUGAGAUCAACUUUUAUUGCUCCUAUAUAGUAUGACAGAUGUGUGCAUAGACUGUCCAAAAACAAUUUUUUUUUCCUUUUAACAGUUUGGUGAUUAUUAACUUUUUCCGUUUUAGGUCAAUAAAGUUUAUUGAAAUAAUUUUUUCUUCCCCAAGUGCAAAAAUAAUUGCUGAGGUCAUUUUCACACCUUCAGGGACUCUGAAGGGUCGACCAAUGAUUCUCUCACCAUGAUUUUGGCCCAUAAAAUGACUCCACCACCUCCUUGUUGACAUCACAGCCGCGUUGGGACGUGGUGGCCAUCCACCACCAAUCUGCGUCCAUCUGGACCAUCCAGGGUUGCACAACAGUCAUCAGUGAAGAAGUCUGUUUGAAAGUUAUUCUUUAUGUAUGGCUGGGCCCACUGCCACUGUUUCUGCUUGUGAUCACUGGUUAAGGGUGACUGAAUAGUAGGUUCAUGCACUGCAAGCCUCUGGAGGAUCCUCCACCUUGAGGCUCCAGAGGCACAAGCAGCUUCAAAUAACUGUUUGCUGCUUUGUAAAGGUAUUUUAACAGCUGCUCU